AUGCUGAGCAAUAUCCGAAAAUUGCUUCAAGCACCCUCAGGCGCACGCGUGCAAGUACUCUCUGACCUUCACCUAGAGGUCGGCAGCCAAUACGCGACGUACAGAUUUCCCGUCGCGGCGCCCUUCCUCCUGCUGGCAGGGGACAUUGGCCGCCUCAUCGACUACGACAGCUAUCUCGAAUUUCUCGCCGCCCAAGUGUCACGAUUCGACAAGGUGUUCUUGAUAUUGGGAAACCACGAGUUCUACGGCCUGGAACAUCAAGCUGGAAUUGAAGAGGCACAGCGACUCUCCAAGGAGCCGGCAUUACAAGAAAAGCUGGUCCUUCUGCACAAGUCACGUUGGGACGAUCCCGACUCAAGCCUCACCAUUCUCGGCUGCACCCUCUGGUCGUCCGUCCCAGAGACAGCAAUGGAGAUUGUCGAAUACAAGAUUAGCGAUUUCAAAAAGAUCCAAAACUGGACUGUCCACGACCACAACCGCGUUCACGCAGACGAACUUGGGUGGCUUCGUGACCAGGUUUCCCAGGCGAAGCAGAACAAUCGGACGAUUCUAGUUGCAACGCACCACGCGCCAUGCAUAGAGGGAAGCUCGCGACCGGAACAUGCGCAGAAUCCGUGGACAUCGGCCUUCGCCAGUGAACUACUAGGCGACAAGAGCUGGGAAGGAGUCAAGUUCUGGGUAUUUGGUCACACCCACUACACGACGAGGUUUACAAGACAAGGAAUUGAAUUGGUGGCGAAUCAGCGAGGAUAUGUGCUUCCAGGCGGCUCAGCGCAAGGAGAAGGAGGAGCUUCAACGACGAAGGCGAAGAGGCAGAGGAAUACGUUUGA